UCACGUUUAUACACACAUGUAUUCAGAAAUUAUACGUAUAGAAUAACAUAUUACACAAAGCAUUUUUUUUUGUGUUUUUGUGUUCGUUCGAAAGAAGCAAGUGCAAAACGCCAAAUGACCAGUCGUGGUGCAGCGGCAGCUGUGGCCGUGGCCACGACUGGCGUCAUUCACACUACGCUUAACACGGCAACGGGAAAUGGAACAGGAACAGGAACGGGAAUGGUGACGGGAACGGGAACAGUAACGACGUUGCAAACAAUUGGCAAUGUACUCACGGUCAGCGCCCUGCACUCGAACAACAGCGUGAACAUCUCUAACAACAACAAUAUCAAUGUCAACAGCAAUAGCAGCAGCAGCAGCAACAACAACAACAGCAGCAGCAGCAGUAACAUUGUAAACAACGAUGGCAGCACUGGCACAGCGACAGAUGGCGGCGAUGCCGUUAAGCCAGUGUAUCCACGUCUAUUUAAUACGAUUGUGCUGACGUUGGAGAACAGUUUGAUACCGGAGGAGAAAAUCGAUGUGACCCCAUCCAGUUUGGAUGGGCUCGAUCAUGAGACGGAAAAGGAUUUGCGCAUUCUUGGCUGUGAGCUAAUCCAAACUGCUGGCAUUCUGCUACGUCUGCCCCAAGUGGCAAUGGCCACCGGCCAGGUACUCUUCCAGCGAUUCUUCUACUCGAAGAGCUUUGUGCGUCACAACAUGGAAACGGUGGCCAUGAGCUGUGUUUGCCUUGCCUCCAAAAUUGAGGAGGCACCGCGUCGCAUCCGAGACGUCAUCAAUGUCUUCCAUCAUAUCAAGCAAGUGCGCGCCCAAAAAGAAAUCGCAUCGAUGGUGCUGGAUCAAUACUAUACAAACCUGAAGAUGCAGGUGAUUAAGGCGGAGCGUCGCGUACUAAAUGAACUGGGCUUCUGUGUGCACGUGAAGCAUCCGCACAAGCUGAUCGUGAUGUAUCUGCAGGUGUUGCAGUACGAGAAGCACGAGAAACUGAUGCAGAUGGCCUGGAACUUUAUGAAUGAUUCGCUGCGUACGGACGUCUUUAUGCGUUAUACGCCGGAGGCGAUUGCCUGCGCCUGCAUCUAUUUGAGUGCACGCAAAUUGAAUAUAUCGCUGCCACAUAGUCCGCCCUGGUUUGGCGUAUUCCGAGUGCCGAUGGCAAGCAUCACCGACAUCUGUUACCGCAUCAUGGAGCUGUAUACGCGUGCCAAACCGAUGGUCGACAAACUGGAGGCAUCUGUCGAGGAGCUGAAGAAGCGCUAUAUUGAUGCAAGGAACAAGACCAAGGAGGCGAAUACACCGCCCGCCGUCAUCACUGUCGAUCGGAAUAAUGGCUCGCACAAUGCCUGGGGCGGUUUCAUACAGCGUGCCAUUCCACUGCCCGCGGAAAAAUCACCCAAGAAGGAUUCACGCUCCCGCACCCGUUCUCGUUCUCGUUCACGAACGCUGUCGCGAACGCCGCGUUCGCAUUCGCGCAGCCGAUCGGCGAGUCGGGAGCGCAGCAAAAAAUCGCAUCGCGAUCGAGACAGGGACAGGGAUCGGGAUCGUGACAGGGAUCGGGAGCGUGAACGUGAACGUGAUCGUGAACGGGACAGAAGUCGCUCCUCGCGUUCCCGUUCACGUUCGGUGCCUAAGCACAAAAAGAAAUCACGACACUAUUCGCGCUCCCCGACGCGCUCCAGUUCGCCGCACAGCAAACACCGUAAGAGGAAAUCGUCGAGAGAACGCUCCGAUUACUAUAUAAAAAAGGAUCGUUCCAGCAAUACGACGGGUAGCAACAACAUUAGCGAUAACGAUAAAUACCGCAACUCCGGCUCCAAUUCCGGCAAGUCUCGCUACUCCUCAAACCGUAACAGUGGAGGAGGUGGUGGUGGAGGUGGUGGUGGUGGAGGAGGAGGUGGAGUAGGAGGUGGCCGAGGUGGACACAAGCAUCGCGAUAACAUCAACGAACGUUCCAGAGAUCGGAAACGAUAAUCAACACUUUAUACAUAUUUUUUUUAAUAAUUGAUAUAUUUAUUUCGAUUUCGAUACAGUGGGGAGACUGAAAUUAUAUCUUCAAAUACAACAUUGUAUCGAAUUAUUGUUGAAUCGAAUAAAUGUACAAUUCCAUAAAUGGCGCAUAUUAAUUUUUAUUUUAGAAUACAAUAAAAAUAAUAUCUUAUAUUAA